CAACCCACAUUAACCGGGCUUACAGUGGCCGAGUCAACCCUUGAUCGGAUUUUCCGCUCAGAAUUUUCUUCAUUUUGCUGGUCAGGGAUGGCGCUACUUUGUAGAAAUAGUUGUAGGCUACGUUUUGUUUUUUGAGUAGACCUGUUCAGGGUUCACCUUUAAGCACUAAACUUACGAGUGGAUUUCGUUAGAGAGUGGUAAGGGUUUAGUGUUUGGUUUUUUAACUUAACAGUAACCGCUGCCAGUAUGAUUUCACUCUUGUACGGAUUGUUAUGUUUUUGUACACUGGGCUGCGGUCAACUAGCGAGCGGCCAGGCGGACGAUGGAAAGCGAUACAUCUGCCGGGCAAUACCCCUCAGCGGCGAUGCCAGUUGCCCUGUGACAUUGUUGCCCGAGCUAAACGCCGGCAGCCAGGAAGAGGAGCUCAGAAACACUGUCAUGCAGCUACGGGAGACAAUUUUACAGCAGAAAGAAACGAUUUCCAAACAGAUAGGCACCAUCAACGAGCUAACCACCAAGCUGUCGCUCUGCGCCUCAGCCACGGAUGACAGGAUUAACGAAAAGGGGGGUUCCUGGGGCAAAGGAAAGCAAAACACAAUGGGGGACGUUCCCAGAGAUCCAAAUGACACCAUCGACAGUCUUGGAAAAACCAUGCAAGGACUCAAGGAUCGGUUGGAGAACUUGGAGCAACAGCAUCUGCGAGCCAACAUAUCCGGCGCCUCGUUCCCCAGCGAGCUGCGCGACCUGCUGCAGCGUCGGCUCGGGCAGCUGGAGAAGCAGCUCCUGAAGAAAGUCACCAACCUGGAGCAGGAGAAGAGCAUGCUGUCCAAUGCCACAGCCGCCUACAGGCUGAAGACAGAGAGCACGCUGAAUGCCCUGGUGGACAGGAUCAGUGAGCUGGAGAAAGGAGGAGGAGACUUCAAGUCCCCAGAGCAGUUUAAGCUGUCCCUCCCCCAGCGGACCAACUACCUGUACGGCCGCAUCACCAAGAGCCUGCCAGAGAUGUAUGCUUUCACACUCUGCAUGUGGAUCAAGUCCAGCGCCAGUCCUGGCAUUGGGACGCCCUUCUCUUAUGGUGUGCCAGGGCAAGCCAAUGAGAUUGUGCUGAUCGAAUGGGGCAAUAACCCAAUAGAGCUGCUCAUCAAUGACAAGGUCGCCCAGUUGCCUUUGGAGGUACGUGAUGGAAGGUGGCACCACAUCUGCAUCUCCUGGACCACACGGGACGGCCAAUGGGACGCUUACCAAGACGGAGGGAAGCUGGGAACUGGCGACAACCUGGCGGCCUGGCACCCCAUCAAACCCGGGGGGGUCAUUAUCCUUGGGCAGGAGCAAGACGUAGUGGGCGGGCGCUUUGAUGCCGGACAGGCCUUCGUGGGCGAGCUGAGUCAGGUGAACAUUUGGGACCGUAUUCUGAAGCCGGUCGAAAUCCAGUCCAUGGCUAACUGCAGUUCUUACAUCCCUGGGAAUGUGAUCUCUUGGCUAGCAACCAACGUUGAAGUUUUUGGAAGGGGAGCGUUCAAGCGACCCUUGGAGAUGUGUCAGGAACGACUGCCCAAUGCUUAAAACUCAUCUGUCUGCCUAUCUUUAGAUUAGCAACUGUUUCCAUCUAUUCAGCUUUUUUUUUUUAAUUGUCUGCUCUUACUGUGAGGCAGUUUAUGGACUUAAAGGAGACAUAUCAUGCUCAUUUUCAUGUUCAUACUUGUAUUUUAGGUUUCUACUAGAACAUGUUUACAUGCUUUAAUGUUGUACAUUGAUGAAUUUAGUUUGAUCUGCUCUGUACGGAUAUAUAUAUAUAUAUAUAUUUGUGACCCAGGCGAGAGGUCAUGUGGAGGCUGAACGCCAUCAUUGACUGGUGGCUGUUCAUUUCAAGUGUCAAUCAGAGAGCUACGUAGCAACAUUUCUUUUUUUUACCAUGACUAAGGUACUUUAAUCCUUCAAUACACCCACCACCGUGGUAAAGGGUUCCCACAGGUAUCGAUGCUGAGACAUCCUUUGCAUCCUCAUCCCCACGCAGUCUCCCACACACCUUUCCCUCAACACUCAGUAAUGAAAAUCCUCUCAGCACAGACGCAUGUACUGCUACUAUGACAAGGUCCAGACUAGCUGCCGUUGACAUGUGAGUUGGUAUUGCGUGCUGUCUGGGAGUAAGGAAAGAUUUAAGGUCAUGCUAAUGUUAUGUCUAUUCCUUAACAUGGGAAUGGGCUUAGAGCCAACAUCAAUUACACCUCUGAUCCUGACAUGUUCAGUCAUUGUUAAGGGGACUAUCACUGGAAAGGUACAAUUUGGUACUUUAUCUGUUAUGUGUACGUAAGUGUGUGUGCAAUAGACUACUGUUGAUUUUGUUUUCCAGCUUUCGUAUGAGUUAAAACUUAACCUUGUUGGGAAGCUUCAUUCUUGGCAUACAUAACCAAUACCAGUGAUACUAGUGAGUCUAUCACAGUGCUUUUUUUCCUUGCCUUUUUCCAUUUGAAUAAAAAACUGUUGGUGAAUCAUGUUGGAAAUAAUAUCCAUAGCUUCA